UCUGUGCCUCAGUCGAAAAGCCCCGUGUCCCUUAGUGCUGCCUUAAAGGAUCCUUGCAAGUGACUCAACCACCACAAAAAAGGCAUCCCUUUCUUACUGCUUCUGCCUACCCAAGUGCAUGCCAUUAAAUUGUGGGCCCUACAGCAGGUCUAGAUCAUGCUUCACAGAUAAGCAGUAAGUAACUAAAGCUUCAAGUGUCCUGCUAACAGUGUCACCCAAGUAUAAUCCAGGCCCUGACUCAAACUGACAAGGACAGGUUGGCCUCUGGAAUAAUCUCUUUAAAUAGCAGCAGCCACCUCUCUCGAAGGCACUUCCCUCCCCCAGCCAGCGCUGGAGAGCUGCUUACAGCACUGCUGCCCACUAUUUCCCACCGGGCAUUGCAGGGCUGGCACUGCUCACAGGCAAGUGUGUCCCCUGCCCGCAGCCUCCUAGCUUUGCUUCGCACCAGGAAUUGCAAUGAAUUUUGCAGCACAGUUUCUCUACUCCAGGGUGCUAAAAACCAGAACUCCCAGGGACCGCUCCAGGGAAGAUGAAGAGUACGACCCUUUCUGGCAAAGGUUGGAGAACAUUGCUGUCUGACUUAGAGCUAGAGUGCUCCUUUCUCCCCCUCAGGGGUCAUGGUCAGCCCUCGGGGUCCAUCCAGACCCAUGGACAUGACAACCCCUGGAUCCCUCCUGCCUCCCUAUGGUGUCGUAGUUGGAGUUUUGCUUCGCCUCGUUGUUUAUUUAGUCGCUGUGCUGUAUAGUUAUGCUGAGGAGCUGCUCUUGAAAAAGGAUGACAAUAAAAUAAAGAAACAAGAUACUCCAGCACUUUGUGAUCUUCACUGUUGUAAGGAGGGGCCAAUAAGAAAUGGCCUUAUUGGACAGAAGCCACCCUCUAUCAACCCUGAGAGACUGAAGGACUUUGGUGAGGAGGAUUACCUGAACGGGGAUGUGAAGACCUGGGAAAUGAAGAUCGUGCGCCGUAAUGAGGAGUUACUUAGGGAUGGUCUUUCCCACAUCCCUCAGUCAAGCAGUAGGACCAGCCUGUCAAGCUGUAACAAGCUGAUUCGAUUUGAAGAUAUUAGUGCAGCAGCUUUCAAAAUCCAGUGCAGUGUUCAGAAAACCCCCUGCAUGUAUUCUAGGCUAUCCAAGCAGUAUGGAAUGGACAUCUACCUAAAGAAGGAGUUCCUCCAGUACACAGGAUCUGUGAAGGAACGAGGUGUAAUUUACCUUCUGACAUCACUGCCUCAGGAUCAGCAAAGAAAGGGGGUGAUCGUGGCUUCGGACAGUAACUUUUCCAUGGCUGUUGCUUACCAUGCCUCAGAGCUCCGUAUUCCAGUGUUUGUCAUCAUGUCAACCAGCACAUCCCCAGCCAGAGUGAAAAUGUGCCGUGAGUACGGUGCCAUGGUUAUAUCCUAUGGCACUACAGCUAAGGAUUCCCAGACGCACGCAAGAAAGUUGGCGCAGGAGAAUGGUUACCUCUACCUUGAAGAGGAGGAUAGUGCUGUCUACCUGUCAGGCCUGGGAACCGUGGGACUGGAAGUGUACGAGCAGGUGCCAAAGCUGGACGCGGUGAUUUUCCCUGCAGGAGGCCACUGUGGCUUGCUGGCAGGGUCGGCUGCUGCACUCAAACACCUCAACCCACAUAUUUCUGUAAUUGGGGUUGAAUCUGAAAGUUUCCCUGUAUUGCAACAGUCCUUAAAGGCUGGCCACCCAAUUGAAGACCAGGCUUGCAGCAAUCAUCACUUUUAUGGUGAUGUGAGCGGACUUUGCUUCGGCAGCAAUUCUUUGCAGCUGACUGGGAAACUUGUAGAUAAAGUUGUUGCUGUGAGGGAGGAGGACAUCCUCAUUUCGAUGCUGAGAUUGCUGGAGUAUGAGCGAGCCACGGUUGAUGCAGAAGGGGCCAUUGGCCUUGCAGCACUGGUUGCAGGGAAGCUGCCAGAGUUGAAGGGUAAAAGAGUGGCAGUUGUUAUAUGCAGUGGAAACUUGGAAUUACAUUUGCUCCAGCAGUGCAUAGCUCGUGCCCUGACCCUUGAUAACAGAGUGUGUAGAUUUUCCCUUGUGCUUUCUGACUGCCCAGGAGACAUUUCAAAGCUACUGGAGGUUUUGGCUCGGGAAGAAGUAAGAAUUUUGGAUAUCAAACAAGAACGCACAUUUGUGACAUCUGAGCUCUUCACUGUUGAGAUCACCUGCACUGUGGAGACCAGAGACAAGAUCCACACAGCCCAGCUGAGGAACACGCUCUUGGAACGCUACCCCACAGCUGCCUGGACUGAGCGAUGACGGGCACAGCACAAGGGAAAGGGAUGGGAUCCUCCAACAAGUAUUUUAUAGAGACCUAAUCUUGAGGCAUUCAGAACAAAUAUUAGCUUUCAAAGCUGAACAGUUAGCAAAUAGUUUCAGGAUAUUUAUUUUCUGCUCAAAACGUAGUGAAUGUCCUUGGGAAUAAAGUUAAACUCCAAACUUUAGCUUAGCUAAGGGAAACUUCUAAUCUCUGCUGGUGUUGGAAUUCAGUAAUUCAUUAUCUGCUGCUGUCUGGAUUUUGGCUAGUAUGUAGGAUCUUAUGGCAUUCAAUAAAUAAACUGGGA